AUGUCGAACGACAACCCUUGGUUCAGACGAGUGUGGAUCAUUCAAGUGCUGUCGGUCUCAGCCGACUACACUUUCAUGUGCGGAAAAUGGAGUGUUCCAGGAGACCACUUCAAAGUCUUCAAUGCCUCAUUCCACUUCAGCUUUCUUUGGAUGAAACACGAAGUCUUUUCACUCAGCAGUAUCACCCAAGUGGACCAGUAUUUAGACUCCCAUCCAAACUUGUGUCAUUCUGGUGGCGAUUGGGCGGCACAACGGAUGGGCAUUUAUGAAAAUGUUUUGGGGCCAGCGCUGAAUAUACGGGCCUGCGCAACCUUGGAAACUCGAAAAACGUGGCGACGAGACCGCCCAGAAGAUUGUCCUACACUGAAAGCACAACUUUUUCGGGCAUCCGCCAAAAGAUCCGCUAGCGGUCUGUACCCCACUGACCCGAGGGACAGGACCUAUGGUUUGCUCGGGGUUGCAAGUGACGCCAAAGAGCUCGGAAUGGACCCUAAAUCCUACACAGUUUAUAAAGGAGCGAACACCGAAGAAAUUGUAUACACUGAGGUUCCAAGAAUACUAGUCCAGCAUGGUCAUUUGGAUAUUUUGACCAAAUGCCAACCCCUCGACCCAAGGACUCGAAAUGCCAAGUUACCAUCAUGGGCACCGGAUCGGAAGAACGAAAUACCAUGGCCUUGGGGAGGUUUUAUCGGAGAUGAUCUGUAUCAUGCUUCUGGUAAAAGCUCAUCCAGAUUAGUCUGUUGCAGUGAAGAUCCUGAAGGCAUUCUCACAAUCAAAGCUAUGUUUAUUGGGAAGGUGGCUGAAUUAGGAACAACAUGGAAGGGUGGAUGGAGAGAAGACUUCGACAAGGAAAGAGCCAGCCUCCUCUUCACCGAAAUUAUUGGCUUCCUCCCGAAGAGCACUAUCUUCAAUAAGCUAGGGAAAGCCGACAAAGUACUCUGGCGAAUACCUAUUGGAGGUAUGGUAUGGAAUAAGCUUGGAAUUAAUCGCCGGGCGACUGAGAAGUCUCUCGGAGAGUGCCAGGUCAUGAUGAGUUUUUUUUUUUGA